UAUAAAAGAAAUUCUUUGUCUGUAAACAGGUGCUCAGACCUUACAGGGCUACCCAGGUCUGGGACUUCAUGCAUGACCUUGUUAGGGGGAAAGGAUGUCCUAAAGCUAAUUCCAUACAGGCUUUGUGGACUCCACCCCCACUCCAGACCAAAGCCAAAAGACACUGGGAACCACAAAUCCCAUCACCACCAAAGGGAAGGUGGCUGGGACCUGAGGGUGGGGUUAAGCAGCCAGGUGUGGUAUAAAGCCAGACACGUGGGCUUCAUUUUGAAAGAAACACAAUUUAUACCAUACUUUGUUAGCUUUAGAAAUCUUGGUAUCUGUCACCUGACUACUCAAGUAUCUGUCAGUUUCCUACUCAGGUUUCUACAACAGCAAGUGGCAUUCAGGUGUCAGCAGAGGCGGCGUUGAUUUUCACAGACACAGAGGACGUCUAGGCGAGCCAUCUGGGAACCCCGAGUCCAGCCAAUUCCCCCCGGCCAAGAGCUCAUGGAGCUGGAGCAGGUGCCCGCCUCCAGCGCCGAGGGCUACAGCAACGCCGGCUUCCAGAAUGAAGACGACUUCCGUGACAACCAGAACACAUCAGGAAACAACUCACUAAGGAGCAGAGGUGGGCUGAUAAACAAAGAGCAAGUAAACGCGCUACAGGGUGAAGCACAAGUCACCAUUGAGCAGGAUUCUAGAAGAAAUAAAGAAGCCACAGAGGAUGAUCCAGAAACAUAUCAAGAAGGGUAUCUGGAAAGGAAGUGUGGUACUGUUUGUGAUUUUUUUAGGAAACAUAAAACCACCCUUCAGUACAUCUUAUGGGGUAUUUUACUAGCAGGUUACCUGGCCAUGGUGAUUGCAGCCUGUGUGCUGAACUUCCGCAGAGCCCUUCCUCUUUUCGUCAUCACUCUGGCUGUCAUCUUCUUCGUGGGCUGGGAUCAUUUUAUGGCCAAAUAUGAACAUCGAAUCGUUGAGUUCCUCUCUCCCGGCAGAAGGCUUCUAAAUAGCCAUUGGUUCUGGCUGAAGUGGGUAAUUUGGAGCUCACUGAUCCUGGGGAUUAUUUUCUGGCUGAUCUUUGACACUGCCAAACUGGGCCAACAGCAGCUGGUGUCAUUUGGUGGUCUCAUAAUGUACCUUGUCCUGGUAUUUCUCUUUUCCAAGCACCCAACCAAAGUUUACUGGAGACCUGUCUUCUGGGGAAUUGGGUUACAGUUUCUUCUUGGUCUCUUAAUCCUAAGGACUGACCCUGGAUUUAUGGCUUUCGAUUGGUUAGGCAAACAGGUUCAGACAUUCUUGGAGUACACUAAUGCUGGUGCUUCAUUUGUCUUUGGUGAGAAAUACACAGACUACUUCUUUGCAUUUAAGGUGCUGCCAAUUGUAGUUUUCUUCAGCACAGUCAUGUCCAUGCUCUAUUACCUGGGACUGAUGCAAUGGAUCAUCAGAAAGGUUGGAUGGCUAAUGCUUGUUACUUUGGGGUCAUCUCCUAUUGAAUCUGUAGUUGCUGCUGGCAAUAUAUUCAUUGGACAGACAGAGGCCCCACUGAUGGUCCGACCAUAUUUACCACAUAUCACCAAAUCCGAGCUUCAUGCCAUCAUGACAGCAGGGUUCUCUACCAUCGCUGGAAGUGUCUUAGGGGCAUACAUUUCUUUUGGGGUCUCGUCUUCCCACUUGUUAACUGCUUCAGUUAUGUCAGCACCCGCGUCACUGGCUGUUGCUAAACUCUUUUGGCCUGAGACUGAAACACCUAAAAUAACCCUCAAGAAUGCCAUGAAGAUGGAAAAUGGAGACUCAAGGAAUCUCAUAGAAGCUGCAUCCCAGGGAGCAUCCUCAUCUAUCCCUCUGGUGGCAAACAUUGCUGCGAAUCUGAUUGCCUUCCUGGCCCUGUUGUCUUUUGUGAAUUCAGCCCUGUCCUGGUUUGGAAAUAUGUUUGACUACCCACAGCUGAGUUUUGAGAUAAUAUGCUCUUACAUCUUCAUGCCCUUUUCCUUCAUGAUGGGAGUGGAUUGGCAAGACAGCUUUAUGGUCGCCAAACUCAUAGGUUAUAAGACAUUCUUCAAUGAAUUUGUGGCCUAUGAGCACCUCUCAAAAUUGAUCAAUUUGAGGAAAAAGGCUGGACCCAAAUUUGUGAAUGGCGUGCAGCAAUAUAUGUCGAUUCGUUCUGAGACAAUUGCCACUUACGCACUCUGUGGCUUUGCCAAUUUUGGUUCCCUAGGAAUAGUGAUCGGCGGACUCACAUCCAUGGCUCCUUCCAGAAAGUGUGACAUCGCCUCGGGGGCAAUGAGAGCUUUGAUUGCGGGGACUAUUGCCUGCUUUAUGACAGCCUGCAUUGCAGGCAUGCUCUCAGGCACUCCUGCAGAUAUCAACUGUCAGCGUAUUUUAGAGAAUGCCUUCAACUCCAGUUUACCUAGAAAUACAACGAACAUGGUGUCCUGUUGCCAAAGUCUGCUGAGCAGCACCAUUGCCAGGGGUCCUGGUGAGGUCAUCCCUGGAGGAAACCACAGCCUGUAUGCAUUGAAAGACUGCUGCACAUUAUUGAAUCCCUCAACGCUGAACUGCAGUUGGAUCCCUAAUGCAUUUUAAGCCCAGCUGCUUCUCCAACAGAUCCCUAAGUACAGAUGCUUUGGGGAGAAAAAAAGGCUAUUCUCCACAGAUUGAUGCUUUGAUCAUGGAAUCAGUUCUGAUUAGAAAGAAGGAAAAUGGGAGUGACUACGUCACAUCUACAGAAUCUUCCUCCUUCCCUUCCAACCUCUUUCCCUCAGAUAACGAAUGCGGUGUCCCAAAAUGAGUUGUCUCCAGCCCCAGGAAUGUUUUUCUGAUGGUAGAAUUUCAGGAUAUUUAAACACAUU